UCAAGUGGCUUAUUUCCGUUAAAACCACCUCAAGCAGAUAACAUUGUUUAAUCCCAGACGUGUGGACCUUUUCCCAUUAUAUGAAAAUUUUCUUGAUAUAAAAGCACCUAACCAAGAUGUGGCAUCAGUUCCUUCUGGGUUUUCUUUUGAAAAAAUGAAGUGCGUCUUGCUUUGUGCUGUUGUUCUCGCAACCAUCGCCCUCUCUUACGGAGGGCUGAACCCGCACCCCCUUUCAGACGAAUUCAUCAACGCCAUCAACAGCAAGAAAACCACAUGGAAAGCUGGAAGAAACUUUGACAUCCACACCCCCCUUGCCAACAUCAAAAAACUUCUUGGAGUUCUUCCCAAGAAGGCAAAUGCCCGCCAACUAGAACUGAAAGUGCACUCAGUCGACGUUAACGCCAUUCCGGAGUCUUUCGACGCCAGGGAAGCCUGGCCAGAGUGCGCUUCCAUCAUUGGCGAUAUCAGAGAUCAAGCCUCUUGUGGUUCCUGCUGGGCCUUUGGCGCCGCCGAAGCCAUGAGCGACCGCAUCUGCAUUCACUCAAACGCCACCGUCAAAGUCAGUAUCUCCACCGAGGACUUGAACACUUGCUGCUACGAAUGCGGAGACGGUUGCAACGGUGGAUGGCCUGCCGAAGCUUGGGCUUACUGGGCAGAAACCGGAAUUGUAACUGGUGGCAAAUACGAGACUAAAGACGGUUGCAAAGCUUACACCGUCCCCCCUUGCGAACACCACACCGAAGGCGACUUGCCUGCGUGUGGAGACAUUGUCCCAACCCCCCAAUGCAAGAAAGAGUGUGACGCCGGUGUUGAUAUCGAGUACAAGUCUGAUCUGAGAAAAGGGUCUGCGUACCAAACCUCAUCUGAUGAAUCUCAAAUUCAAACCGAAAUUAUGACAAACGGACCUGUUGAGGCCGAUUUUGACGUGUAUGAAGAUUUCCUCAACUACAAAAGUGGGGUCUACCAACAAACCACCGGUAAUUAUGCCGGUGGACACGCUAUUAAGAUUUUGGGAUGGGGUGUGGAAGACGGUACGCCGUACUGGUUGGCCGCUAACUCGUGGAAUGAGGACUGGGGCGACAAGGGAUACUUCAAAAUUUUGAGAGGACAAAACGAAUGUGGGAUUGAGAGCGAUAUUAUCGGCGGAAUUCCAGUUGUAUUGAUCUCAUUUAGCAAUUUUACAAUUAGUUUUCAAUUUUUUACGAUGAAGUACUUUCUGCACUUUGCCGUGGUUUUGGCCACUGUGGCCCUAGUCUACGGAGGUGUCCACCUCCACCCUCUCUCAGACGACUUCAUAAACCGUAUCAACAGCCGAAAAUCCACGUGGAAAGCGGGAAGAAACUUCGAUAUUGACACCCCAAUCUCGCACAUUAAACAACUCCUCGGUGUCCUGCCUGAAACAGAAAACACCCCAAAACUACCGAAAAAAAUCCACUCCAUAAACGCCCAAGAGAUCCCCGAUUCGUUCGAUGCCAGAGAAGCCUGGCCCGAUUGCGCCCCCAUUAUUGGAAACAUUCGCGACCAGUCGACUUGUGGGUCUUGUUGGGCUUUUGGAGCUGUGGAAGCAAUGAGUGACAGAAUCUGCAUCCAUUCGAACGCCACCGUCAAAGUCAACAUCUCAGCUGAGGAUCCACUGGACUGCUGCACAAUUUGUGGGAUGGGGUGUAACGGGGGAAUGCCCGCAAUGGCCUGGCUUCACUGGACUGUCAAUGGGAUUGUGACUGGGGGAAACUACGAAGACACUAAUGGAUGCAAAGCUUAUUCUUUCGCUCCUUGUGAGCACCAUGUUGACGGUGAUUUGCCCCCCUGUGGGCCCACAAAGCCAACUCCGGAUUGCAAAAAAGAGUGUGAUAGUGGAUCUUCACUCACGUACCAAAAUGAUUUGACACACGGAUCUAACUAUGGUAUUGAUCCUUAUCCCAAACAAAUCCAAACUGAAAUUAUGACCAAUGGGCCAGUUGAGGCUAGCUUUAGUGUCUAUGAAGAUUUUCUUAGUUACAAGAGCGGUGUUUACCAACACUUGGAAGGAGAGUAUGCCGGAGGUCACGCUAUUAAAAUUUUGGGCUGGGGUGUUGAAAAUGAUACUCCUUAUUGGCUGGUUGCAAAUUCCUGGAACGAAGACUGGGGAGAUAAAGGCUAUUUCAAAAUCUUGCGAGGGUCCAACGAAUGCGGAAUUGAAGGCAGUAUUGUUGCCGGAAUUCCCGAAUUGUAAAUAAUGAAUAUGUAUGUUGCAACUUUGUACCGAAUAAGCCCAUAAAAUUUUAGCAGCAA